GCAGCAAUCGUGAAGAAACACUACGUCGACGACUACUUCGACAGCGUUGAUACCAUCGAAGAAGCGAUACAGCGGGCAAAGCAGGUGAGAUUUAUACAUUCGAAAGGGGGAUUCGAGAUAAGAAACUGGGUAUCCAAUUCGGAGGAAGUCCUAGUCAGUCUUGGGGAACCGAAACCCGUCCAGACGAUUCAUUUCAACCAGGACAAAGAGACUGGAAAUGAACGCGUACUCGGUAUAAUUUGGAAUCCAGGUCAAGACGUUUUCUCCUUCUCGACUGAACACCGCGAAGAUCUACAAGAGUACCUGCAGGGUCAUAAGACACCAACGAAGCGCAUUGUACUGAGUUGUGUCAUGGGGUUCUUCGAUCCGUUGGGACUACUCUCAUGCUUCACCGUACAUGGAAAGAUCUUGGUUCAGGACUUAUGGCGAACGGGCUGCGAGUGGGAUGAAGAAGUCGACGAUGCAUGCUUGGUCAAAGUGGUUUAAUGGUCCAAAUUUCCUGCACCAACCAGAAGAUUGCUGGCCGACCGAGGGGUUGCCGGAUGCAAACACUGAGCAGGAAAUGAAAGCAUACUUGCUGCACCAUGAAGUGAAGGAGUUUCCAGAACCCGUGAUCGAUGCAGAAGUGACAUGGCGCUGGCGUAAGUUGUUGCGAAUCACAGCUUGCGUAAUCAGAUUCAUUACAAAUCUUCGACGCAAGGUAAAGGGCUUUCCGUUACGAACGAUGGUGGCGAACGAGAGGCAACAACAGCUACUUAAGGCGGAAUACAAUGUUGUACAGCGACCACUGCAGCAGGACGAAUUUUCGAGAGCGGAAGUGAUUUUGUGGAGGCAGGCGCAGUUGGAGGCGUUCCCAGAUGAAGUAAUGGUACUCCUGGGAAAUGGAUCACUCAAAGCGAAUCAGAAGCCAGAGCAGAUCGGGAAGAGGAGCCCAUUAUACAAACUCACCCCGAUCGUAGACGAGUGUGGCGUGAUUCGAAUGAAUGGUAGGAUGGCGAAGUCAGACGAAAUCCCGUUCGAUAUGAAGUUCCCGAUUAUCCUUCCGAAAGGACACGCAGUGACGAAACGAUUGGUACAAUAUUACCAUGAAAAGUUUGGACAUGCAAAUCGGGAAACGGUCUUCAACGAGCUUCGACAGAAGUUUUAUAUUCCGAAGUUGCGAACGGAAAUCCAGCAAGUGAUGAGAAAGUGUGUCUGGUGUAGAGUGAAUCGCUGUUAUGCUGAGGUCCCGAUGAUGGCUCCACUUCCGGUUCAGCGAAUCACCCGACAGCUUCGACCUUUCAGUGCUGUUGGAGUCGAUUAUCUAGGACCUGUGGAAGUGACGGUUGGUAGAAGAAAGGAGAAGCGGUGGAUCGCCCUGUUCACGUGCCUUGCUGUACGUGCGGUGCACUUGGAAGUAGUGCAUGGAUUGACAACGCAAGCAUGUCUCAUGGCCAUUCACAGAUUCAUCUGCAAACGAGGAGUUCCAGACGAAAUCUUCUCCGACAACGGGACAAAUUUCAAGGGAGCCAGCAAGGAGUUGAUUGCUUGGGUGAAGCGAAUUGACAGUGAAUGUGCGGAUUCAGUGACGAGUAGCACAACGAAGUGGAACUUCAAUCCUCCUGGUACGCCACACAUGGGUGGUAUUUGGGAGAGGAUGGUUCGAUCUGUAAAGGAGGCGAUGAAGGCACUCGACGAUGGCAGACGUCUGACGGACGAAAUUCUAUUAACUACCCUGGCUGAAGCGGAAGAUAUGGUAAAUAGUCGUCCGCUAACGUACGUACCCCAGGAAUCAGCUGAUUCCAAAGCACUAACACCGAACCAUUUUCUUCGAGGUACGGUCAAGUCCGUCGAUGUUCACGUAGAUGGUUCGGUGGACUUAGCAGAAGCGUUGCGCGACAUUUACAAGCGAUCGCAGUACUUGGCGGACCAGAUGUGGCAGCGUUGGUACAAGGAGUACUUGCCAACGAUCAACAAGCGUACCAAGUGGUUUGCUGAGAGGAAGUCAUUGAAGAAGGGAGAUCUCGUGUUUGUAGUAGAUGGACAGAACCGGAAAAGCUGGGUUAGAGGUAUUGUCGAGGAAGUCUUCGUAGGAUCAGACGGCAGAGUUAGGCAGGCGGACGUACGGACAGGCAAAGGUGUAUUCCGGCGUGGAGUAGCCAACCUUGCAGUGCUGGAAGUUCUUGAUGGUAAAUCCGGAACCACUGAUGAACGGGUACCGGAGUUACGGGCUGGGGUGUGUUGA